GGAGCUGGUUUUGGAGGGAAGAGGAUGAAGGAUAGGUGUUUAUUUGCUGUCCUCAAGGCUGUGCUCCAUGGCAGCCCCGUGAUGCUUGGCAUGUGCUGGUCGUGGCCUGGCUCUAGGCCUGUGGGCUGUCACCCUACAUGAUACCCAGCCCUGUGGCUGCUGGAGAUGGUAAGCGAGGACUUGGGAUCUCCCUGAAAGCCCCGGCAAGUGCCGGAGACAUCACAGAGCUGCUGGAGAGAUGAAGGCCAGAUCCAGGACAAGAGGAUUGAAAGACACACACCUAAACCUGCCAUGGUGCCAGUCCCUCCAGCCCUCUAAUGUUCCCACUGUCCCCCACCCAAGGAAUUCAGAAGUGGACUGGAAAUGGAGCAGGCUGGCGGUGCUGCUCCGGGUGGAUCUGGCCAUGUGGGGCCCUGCUCUUUGCUCUAGCCCUGGCUCCUGCUGGGACCUCGGUCCCCUGCCGUGAUCCAGCCUCUGGGCUCAGCACGUGGAUGCACACCUUGAUGAAGGUCUUUCUGGGCAGCGCUUUGCACGUACAUUGACACGAUAACAUGUCCACUGAGUUGGGCUGUGAGCCAGCCCUGCUGUCAGGUAAUCCCAGCCCUUCCUCAGGCUUGUGGCUCCUCCAGGGCUUUGACAGACAAGAGGUAUAAAAUCCCCAUGACUCUUGCAUAAAGAUGAAGGCACUGAUGCAGUGCUGUGAAGAACCACAGCCGUCCCCAAAGUGGGGACAUUUGUGCUGAUCUUGCACCAAAGAGCGGUUGGUCAGUUACUCAGUCUCCCCUCCUGAUCACAGGCAGAACAGAAAGAAGCACAAAUAUUCUGCCUCAUGGGAACAGUGGGGAAAGUGUCCAUAGGAUCACAAGAGGAGAUGGUUUUCACACAGCCAUGACACAGAAGUGUCUUGGGUGCUGUGGGGACCCCGGAUGGCCGAGGGCUCAGCUCACACCUGGGCCAUGGGAUGUUGCUGUUGCUGGCAUGGGACAGUGCAGUGCCAGAAGCACAGAGGGACAGGGAGGGGACAUGAAGGAGACAUGGUGGGGGGCUACGUGUGCAUGGGCCUGGCAGUGCUCUACCUCAAGCAUAUCAGGGUUUGGUGGGCAAAGCCAAGUAUGAGGACCUGCUUGCAAGUGCACACCUGAGUAUACUGUGGGAGGGUCAUUCCUUCUGCCUCUGAUGACCAACAACACAUCUCUCCCUUUUCCUCCUCUGGUUUGUGGGAUCAUUUCCCCCACUCUUAUCAGGGUCCCCAGGCAGCGCAGCCCCCCACUUGCCAGUAAGGCCAUUCCAGAUGAAGAGAGACAGUACCUAACACCAGCACACCAGGGACGGGUCCUGUGCUGGCCCCAGGCCACAGAAUGGCUCCCUGCCCUCUCCACAGUGAAUGCCAUCAGCAAGCCAUGAUCCCAGCACCCUAUGAGCAAGGUAGUUGUCUUUUCCCUGGGUACUCAGGGUAACAAACCCGUGGACAUAUUCCUGACUCUCACUCCUCUCCAAACCCUCUACCUGGACAUGCCCCUUCUCCCUUAAGUCCCUCGCAAAGCUUUAGUAAAAGGCACCCAUUUUCCCAGCCACCUGCUCCCACUGGGGUGGCAACCAGAGCAAUUAGCAGCUGCCAAUCAGCCCCUGCAGUUAGGGUACUAAUCAGAUAAAUUAGCUGCAACUGAACCAAGGCUCUGAGCAAGGGUGGUGCUGCUGCAAGAAGAGUUGGGGCUGUAGGCUGGUGGUUUUGGAUGAGCGUGUGCUGCCAUGGAGCCUCAUCCAGGUAAGAGCUUUGCUGAAUGCUGCAGUCUUGGCAGGGCUGGGGCUCUGGUGGUUGCGGUGCCUGUGAGGCUGCAGGGAUGAACAGGGUCAUGGCUGCUCAGUCAGGGGCAUGGGUGCCUUGUGGCUGGGCCCUGGUCCUAAGAAUUGCCUCUUGCCUCUCCCAGCAGCCAAAGAUGCCGGCACUACCCGGUUCCCAGGUUUGCUGGGCAGCAGCCGGCAACUCAAGCACCCCUCCACCCUACGCAUGGUCAUUGAGGCACUGGAGGCACAGGACAAGAAGGAGGGUGUUUCUGUUGCUGCCAUCAAGCAGUUCAUCCUGGCCAAGUACCCCACUGUAGACCCCAUCCGCCUCAAGUACCUGCUGAAGCAGGCGCUGAGCAAGGGUUUGAGCUCUGGGGUCCUGAUGCGGCCCCACAAGUCCACGGCUGUGGGGGCCACUGGCAGCUUCAAGUUGGCCCCCAAGAAGCAGCAGCACAAGAAGCAGCAGCUGGGACAGGUGGAUACCAAUGGCAAUGAAGGACAAGCCCCAAAGCUGCGACGGAAAGGGACCAACAAGCUCCCCCGAGUCCCCAAGGCGGGUGUGCGACAGCAAGGUGCUGCGGAGGACAGGCCGGUAGCAACAAAGGAAAAGCAAAAGCUGAAGGUGCCACCUGUGACUGCCCAGCCACCAGCUGCAGCGAAGACCAGACGUGAUAAAGCAAAGCUCCCACAAGCUGCAGGCCACCCCAAGGCCCCCGGCAAAGGGCGUUCAGGGCCCCCCGAAGCUCUGGAUGAUGAGAAUGCAGGAGGGGGUGAUGGCAAAAACCCUGCGGGUGCUCAGGCAAAGAGACUGCGAAAGGUCCCAGUGGGAAAUAGCAAGGGGAAGGUGCCCAAGGGGGCACAGCAAGGUGUCCCCAAGGCAAAGAAGGGUCAAGGCAAGGCAAGGAAGCCCGAGGCUGGCGCAGGAGCUGGCCAGGGGGAGGCCAAGCUGCGGAAGGCAGCCCCUUCUGCAGUGGGCAGAAAGGCCCCAUAGGGGUCCCAGGCAGCCUUGAUCCUUGCAGGAGCCAAGCCCUGCUUCCAGCUGUGUCUGGGCUGGUUUUAGUCCCCAGGACAGGUUUUUAACUCUGUGUUCAUCUCCUGCUAAUAAAAUUUCUUCACUCCGUUCAUGAAACGGCAUGACUGCUGCCAUGCUUGUGGGUCUCUGACCCUGCACUCCCAUCUCCCAGCACCAAAAUCCCCCACCCCUGGCCUCAUCCAGCACGGUGUGGUGGUGAGCUGGUGCUGUAGGCAGCUGCCUGCUCCCAUGGAGAGGUGCCUUGCCCCCAGCUGCAGUGCAGGGGUGUGCAGGCUGCUGGCAACCCCAGUGCUGGGUGAUUCCCUGGGGUCCUGGGACCCAUAGGACACAGCACAGUGGUACCCCUGGGCACUGCCAAGCCCAGGCUUGGCCAGUUGUGGGCCCAUGGUGCCCACAGCCUCAGUGUGGGGUAUGUAUCCAGCUCUCUGCCCUCCUGGCUGUCCUUGUGUUAAUGCCCGGCUGAGCUGGGAUUACUGGAGUGCCAGGGCAGCAGGUCUGGGUGCAUGCCAUGGGAAAGGGUCCCCAGUGCUGGGGGGAGCUGCCUGUGUUCUAACCAUGGUAAGAGGAAGAUAGAUGUGUUUUAGGGCUAAAAGUUUGGGGUGUUUGCUGUAGACUGCAGCACUGCUUGUGCGCUUGUUAUCUGUCUGGCAGAGUGCCCACCUGUAAACCCAUCUUGCUAGCCUCUGUGGGUCAACAUAUGAACACUUUCUUUUAAUAGCUUCAAAUGCUUGAAUUUUUUUUUUUUACUCCACAUGGAACAGAGCCCUUCUGAAGGUCAGUUUGAUAAUGCAAAGGGUUACAGUCCUCCUGGGCAGGAGAAAAUAAGCGGAAGUAAAACUCUCUUCCUAAAGAGGAUUUUGCUAAUCUUCAGCUGGCCUUGCCAAUGCCCUCCAAGGUUCCUGGCCUUGCUUUGGGGCUUAAGCAAGAGCUGAGCAAACUAACUUCUCUUUAAACUUCAGCCUUGGCCAUGUUGAUCCAUCUUUAAUGGAGCUGAAACCCAUGACCCUCCAGGGACAGGGUGGGUGAUGCCACAGUAAUGACUAAGCAGAGCUCACCUGGCCCUUUGAUUGUUAGCCUCACAAAGCACUGCUCGCUUGGAUGAAAAUGUGCUAUAACAGAACCAGGCAGGAGCUCCAUCCCAUCUCACCAGGCACCCAGUGUGAAACAUGAGGCUCUUCUGCUUUGAGAAAGGCCAAAUCAUUUAAUGGUUGGAUUUAGCUUUACUAAGAAUUGGCUUGCUAGCAUGGAAAAGAAAAUCCCUGUGGUGUCUGGAAAGAGCAGCAUUUACUGGAAGGUGUGGAAGAGAACGGUGCUGCUGUUAAUAAGACCUAUGGGCAGCAGCUGGUGUCAUAGUGCUGAGGCCAGAAGCCUUGAGGGCUGGUGGUGAUGGUGGUGCAGAACAAGCUCUGGUCUAUCCAGGGCUGGGAGAUGCGGUCUUGUGGGCUGCUGGCACUUGACAGAGGUGAUGAGUUUCAGCCUUGUGAGAUUACUGGUCUUUGUGUGUGCAGCAGACUGUGCUGUCAGUUCAGGCAAAUGGUUGUGUCCUCACACAGUUCUUCCCUGUCCUGCACCAGCUCCUGGAGCUGUGGUACUGGAUAGCAGGAGUGCUCUGCAAAUCAUGGCUCUGCAGCCCAGGAGGGUAAAAACCUCUUUUGUACGGAAAUAAGGUAGUAAUUAGCUGAGCUGCCAACUGCAAGCAACUUAUGUCUUGUAUAUGCAAAUUUGCUGUGCAUCCCAGCAAGCAUUCCUUCUUGUGCUUCUGGGCUGGGUGUGACUGGUGGUCAGCAAUCUUGGGGGUGUGUGGGAGGAGAGGCACCCCCUCCUCAGGUGAGGGGCAGCAGCCCAUCCUUGCUGACAACAGUGGGAGUCUUAAUGUUCUGUGACCUGUGUGUGCAAAGGGGCAGGAACUUCACUACAUGGGUUUCAGCACCUUGUUUUAUUACAAAGAUAGGCUUUUAAAAGAGUCUGCCACUUCACUACACAGCAGGUAAGGGCACUACACCCACAACACGUGCCAAAGUUUAAAAACAUGUUACAAAGGGCUUGGGGGUUCAAGGCAAUACUACAAACCCUCAAGCUUCUGCUCCACUGAAGUUGUUUUUUUUAGAAUGGUUGUAGCAACUACGUUUUUUUCUUUUCUGCUUUGGAAAAGAAUUAAAUAAUAAAGCAAUAAGCUCCAAUACACAGUCCAGACACAUCACCUGGAGGCAAACUACUAUUGGCUCACUUCUAUACUUUCCUUGUAACUACAUGGGGCUAUUGUUCCAUGGCCCCUUCCCUACCUCCAGCCAACCUCUACAUUCUCUGCUACUGCGGUCCUUCUCACCCUUGCCUUCUGUGUGCUGGCUCUGCCUAUUUCUCUGGCAGCUAUUCACAGUUUCUAAAAGAAAAAAAAAUUCAAGAUUUUUUUUGUGUGAAAUCACUUUCAAAAUAAAAUGUAGCCCAGCUACAUUCUUAGAGUUUCUAUUCUGAAGCCACCUCCUCAGCAAAGACAUUGAAACCUCCACAGUGUAUGUACUUUUUUUUUUGUAGUUCUCUUUAAAAAAAAACUCUGUUCUUCCCCUUUCCCUACACCCCACCCCCCACUUUAACAUACUGAAUAAAGUCUAUCAUUUGUUUUAAAAUAGAUAUCUAUAUACACAAACAUGAUUCUGAUGUCCCAAUUUCUGACAAAUGUGGCACUACUGCAAAUGAUGGGAUGAAGGCCACCUGUUCAUGGCAGUGAGUCACCCAGGAGUUUUGGUGGACCAAAGUCACCUAAUAUAAGAUUGCAUCCUUGCCAGCUGGAUGAGUAAAGGAGGCUCACCUUAGACCAACCCUGCCUCAAGUGAGGUAGUAACUUUUUCCAUUUUUUUUUUUUUCUCUUCUGUUUGGCAGUUUGAAAAUGGUGGUUACAGCUGGAUUUAGCUUUCACGGGCAGGUUGCCUUUGUUUGCAUGUGAAUGCUGGCUUUAAGCGUGUGGUGUUAGCUGUGGUCCAGCCACUACGUAGGGACCUGUGUGAUGCUGGAGAAGACCAGAGCAGUCAUGGCUCACCUGGCUG